AUGCCAAUGAUGAAAGAAGAACCUCUGAAUUCGACAACACCAGCGAUGAAAGAAGAACCUCUGAAUUCAACAACAUUAACAAUAAAAGAAAAUCUCCAAAUCGAUAACAUCAACAACAAAAGAAAAACCUCUGAAUUCAAUGACAUCAACAACAAAAGAAGAAUCUCUGAAUUUGUCAACACUAAUAUCAAAAAGAAGAACUAUCUUAUUAAAU